AUGCUACGAUAUCCUCGAUUCAGGAGAUGUAUCGUGCUUUGGAUUCCUCGGAGGCGACGGUAUAGCACCUUGCUUAGCUUAGGCACUGCGUUGUUUGACAAACAAACCAAGUUUGAAACCGAACAACCAUCCCACAACUCCUCUGCUGCCAUCCGACUAAACCCAUUCCAGAAAAAGAUGGACCAGCAAAAAACCGACUACAAUGACAUCUUGAGCAUCCCUUUGGACACUAGUCCGCAUCCAUACCCAUACGUAUUGGACCGAGUGCGAGAUCUAUCGUAUAGGGAAAUGAAGCAUUUACAGAAAAUCGCUUGUAAAGAGCCUCGGGAAAGGAAAACCGUGGUUGCCAGAUUGACAAGUGCAAUCAAUGAUCUUGUCAAGAGUGACCCACGACGAGCGUACCACUUGUAUCUGUUUCUCCUGAAUGAGGAAAAGGACCGAGUUGCAGAUGAGUUCUUAAAGGUGCACGAGUCUGACAAGAUCGCCUGCUCGUUGAUGUUGUUCAUACUGAAUCCAGGGGACGGAAAUCGCACCCACCAGCUUUUCAAGGAAAUUUUGAGUGAGAUUGUCCAUCGCACGUCGGGCAAUGCCGAUGAAUCCAAGGCCCACUCCAUAGUCACGUAUCUAAGCAGUAUCUUGGCGACCCAAACAGUGAACCCCAAAGUAAUCACAAUAAAUGGCAAACUAUUUCAAGACAUUCAGCAAGCUGUCGGCGCAGACAAGCACGCUGACUUGUACGCAUUUAUGGUGCAAAUAAACUUUCGCCCCGCCCUGCACGAUGCUAUCCGUGAUUUCCGACUACGAUUGUUCAAGGGUUCGCCGAUUUCCAAAUUUGUAGCACUGACAGGCAUGGUGAAUGCCAGCUGGCCCGACUUACACAAGACGUCUUUCAACACAACACACACGGCUCGAGCCGUUGAGUUUUUCACUUUGAAAGAGUUUGAAAAAAACAUAAGGACAAUGAUUGCGAACAGAGAGCCCGCGCAAGCCAUGUGGGCUCUUGGUUGCAUGCAGAGGAAAUUUGAGAGAAUAUGUUCCCGGGCAUCGGCAAACUAUGAGACGCGCUAUAGUCUUGGGCUUAUGCUCUCGGCCCUUUUCCAUUUUGUCACCGAGCUCAAGGAUGUCAGAAGUAGCAUUCCAAUUCUAGACUUUAUGAAGUCUCACGACAUUCCCAUCAGUUUCCCCAAAUACCACAAUCUUUUGCGGAAAUUGAGAAUUUCAGGAAACCACGAUGAAUUCUUGGCUGUCUUGAGCAAUAUGGAUUUAAAAAAAGUGACCUCAGGGGAGAAGCAGAGUAUAGGAGAGGAGAUUUUGCGUUUGAUUGCACACAAGUACGCCUCGACUCCCAAGGCUUUGAUUGGUUACGUUGGAGCACUAGUUAAACCAGAGGUUAACGUGCUCAAUGUACUAAAUGAGUUGAAAUUAUUGAGCUACCCUUACGAAGAGAAAUUGCUCAGCACAAUUGCCUCUACAGAUGUGGUGCAGUUGGCCAACAUUGAUUCCGACUUGCAAGGAAUGGAUCUUAGCUGCUCAUUGCUAAGUCAUGUUUACGAAGUCAUGUUCAGGUCAAUGCCAAGCGAGGUCCGAUACAACGCACUGGUGAAUCUAGCUUAUUUUGAAGUAUUUGAGAACUUUGUGCAAACUUCUGGUAUAAAAGUGGUCAAUGAUCGUCCGCUAACGGUGUUUUUCGAAAAUUUACUUUCCAGAGACUCAGCAAGCCUCGACGGAGCGAGCGAAACAAAUUAUCAGUUCAGCAAGAGAAUGUUUGCAUUUUACGAUAAAGUGGACCUUGACGGCGCAUUCGUCACCAAGAACAAUUUGCAGCUCUUAAUUGAGACUGCAUUAUAUACUUUCAACGACUUUGCGUUUGCCAAUAAAGUUAUCGAGUUCCUGAUGAGCAAAAACGCAGAUACUUUCCAUCAAAUUUUCCCAUUUGUCAUAAAAUAUGACGAGAUUGGGCGCGAGGAGGAAGCAGCUAAAUGGUUUAAGAUCAUAGAAACCAAAGGGUUGAAAGCCUCGUGGAAACCGAUGCCCGAUCUUGUUCGACUAGGAUCAAAAUAUGGGAAAAAUUUCAGUCCCGGCUACUAUAGACUGUUGUAUUCGCGAAACAGGCAGACAAACAGAAGAGCCUUGGAAGCAUUAACUAAGGAGAGCCCAUUAUCCAUUGAUUGGGAAAAAACCGGGGAAACGUAA